UGCUUUAGCCUGAUAACUGAAAACCAAAACAGAGGGGAUGUUUUCUGUAUUUACUUUGUGAGGAAUCGUAAAUAAUCUUGGAAAUCGAUUCGACUUUAUCCGGACUUUAUCCGCGGUGAUUUUCCUGCGCUUGGCAGACGACUGAGAAGCAGCUAAACGUCCGACAGGCUGAGAUGGAGGACCCUGGCGGUACUGGAGCUGAGUCUGUGGCUCCAUCCACAGCAGGUACACCGAAGUCAAAGCUGGACACACUGUCUAAAGAUGAUCUCAUCAAGUAUGCAAAAAAGCAGGUGGCUGCCAUGCAAAAGAUGAAAAGCAGAUGUACAGAUUUGGAAAAAGAAGUCGAAGCCCUCAAACAGCAAUCCAAAAGCAGCAACAGCAGUUCAGAUGACUCCUCUUUGAUACAGGAGCUGACUGAGAGGAUGGAUGCAUUGCUGCUGGAAAAGGCAGAAAGUCAACAAAGUCUUGCAAUGUCUCGUAAAGAAGUAGAGAAAACUAAACAGCAAGCCAAGGAUGAUCUGGCGGCACUGCAAAGUCAGUUUGACCAAGCAAUAGAAGAGCACCAAAAGAAGAUCAAAGCUCUAGAGAACAGCAUUGAGGAAUGCACCAGCAAACACCGCGAAGAAGUGUCACAUUUCCAGAAAUUACUGAAAGAGCGCGAGGCGAGCGACAGAGAGCGGGAGAGUGAAAGAGAGAAGGAGCGCCAAGCAGAUGUUGCUAGUGCAAAAGAGAGUGCAGAGGAAGUCCGACGUUGCUUAGAAGCUCAGCUGGAAGUGCUUCGAGCUGAACUGCAAACAGUGCAAGAGCGAAAUUCUCAGGAGAUUAUUGAGCUGCAGGAGAACCACCAGAAGGAGUUGACACUGGCACAGCAAGAGGCGGAGAACUUGAAGGAGGAGCUGGCUCAGAAGGGUCUGCAGCACGAGGAGGAAAUGAGAGCUCUAGAAGAGGACUAUGAGAUUGAAAGGGAACGUCUCUUGUUGCUCCAAGAGGAGCUAACUGAGCAGCUUGCUCUCAAAGACAGCUGCCUGCAGGAUGUGCAAGAAGAAGAUGAAGAAGCUGUCCGUGGUUCAGGGAUUGCCAAAAUGCUGGAGCUGUCAGGCUGCAGUCAGGGGGAUUCUAGCCAUGGUGAUAGAGAGGAGACAGAGACCGUAAGGCUAAAAAUGACAUUGGAUGAUCUUCAAGCCCAGAACACCAUGUUACAGGAUGAGCUUACCCUUCUCAGCAAUGUGAAGGGUGAGCUUGAGGCAGAGCUGGAGAAGGUUAAAGAAGAAUUUCAGAUGGAAAAAGAAGAACUGGAAUUCAAAAUCAAUGAGCUACAGAUGAUUAAGGAAAGUGCUCCCAGUGAAGAUAUAAUGACCCAGGAUCCUGAUCAGCAAGGGGUCCACAUAGAAGUUGAAGAGUCUGUAACCAGUUUGGCCAAAGAGCAAAACUCUCAGAGUCUGGAGGAGCAGCAGAAGCUGAACCAGGAGCUGAAGACACAAUGUGAGACCUUGACCAGAGAGCGAGACUCUGCUUCGGCUGAGUGUCAGCACAUGAGGGACAUACUUCAAAGUUUUGAGACAGAAUUGGGUGAGAAGACAAAUGAUUUUAUUGUACAGUACAAAGCCAUGAAGGAACAGGCAGCCAAUAAUAUACAAGACCUUAAUGAGAAGGUGGAACUGCUCAGCAAGGAGAGGGAGGAACUGCUGGCAAAGGUGAGAGAAGUUACAGAUGCGAAGAACACUCUGAUGGAGACUGUGCAAGACCUGAAACUGAAGCUCGAGGGCUCCCAAGCUGAGGAGCAAAUGUCUUCAGCCUGUGAAUUGAAACAGUCUUUGGAGGACAUGACUAGGCAGAAUGAUGAGAUCACAUCCCAACUAGAGAUGAAGGAGAACAUGACUCAAGAUCUGAAGGAAAGGGUCAAAACACUGACUGAAGAGCGAGACAAAGUACAACAUCUGCUAAAACUCAGAGAAGAGGAAAUGCAAAAGCUAGACGAUGAGAGAACAAAAGAAAUUGAGAGGCUACGGGAGGAGAAGGAGAAAGAGGUACUUUUGCUAAGAGAGGAAAAAGAGACAGAGCUGAAAAGCUUAAAAGCAGAAACAGAGGAUGAAGUGCAACAUUUAAAGGAGGAGAGAGGGAGGUUAGAGGGAAGCCUAAAAGAGGAGUUUGCAAGAUGUGAACAGAUGGUUUCCACUUUAGAGAUGACUAUAAAAGAGCUUUCCACUGAAAAGGCUGAUCUCCAGCAGAAAAUGGAAGCAGCUCUCUCAGGACUUUCCAAGGCCAAGGAAGAGGGGGAGCUUUUAGGCUCAAAGCUAGCAGCCUUGGAAGCUCAGCUGGCACAGGAGACAUCUGAAAAGCAAGAACUAGAAGCAAAGUUGAAUUUACUGACAAAGGAGGCAGAACAGGCCUGUGCAUCCAUCAGAACAUUGGAGGAAAAUCAGUCUGAAGUACUUAAACAGUCCACCGAAGAAGUCAAAGACCUCCGAGCACGUGUUGACGAGCUAGAGAAGGAGAGGACCCUGUUGAGGAGCAGCCUUGAAGAAGCUCAAGGGGAAAGAAGAUUGGAGGAGGUGCAAACAGAGCUCAAGGCCCACAUCAAAGACCUGGAACAAGAAAGAAACAUGUUAAGAACCAACCUAGAGGAGGUGGUGAAAGAUACUGAGGGACUGCAGAAAGACCUGCACGAUAUGAAGUCAGUUAAUGAGAAAAUUAGUGAGGAGAACCAGAAACUACAAGCUAAAAUUACGUUGGUGACCAAAGAGGAAGAAGAGAGGGAGGACAUGGUGCAAAAGAUCGAGAACAUAGAGAAAGAGAGCAGAGAGCUCAGAGAGCAGCUGACAGAGAAGGACUCGCUCAUAUCGCAGCUGAGGAGUGAAAUGGCCACUAUCCAGUCGCUCUCUCAGGAGUCUCCUGCCCAGUCUGCUUCAUCUGAGGAAAAUGAGCCCAAUGAGACUGCAGAGAAAAUAGCUCUUUUGGUGAAAGAAAACAAAGAAAAGGAUGAGAAGAUGAACAAAAUCAAGGCAGUUGCUGUCAAAGCAAAGAAGGAGCUGGACUCCAGUAAGAAAGAGGUUCUAUCCCUGAAGGAGGAAGUAGAAUCACUGAAAGCAGAGAGGGAGAAAGUGAACAGCUCUAUGAAAGAUAUCAUCCAUUCUGCUGAGGGCUACAAGAACCUGCAGAUAGAUUACGACAAGCAGACAGAGCAACUGGAUAAGGAGAGAGAGAAGGUGGAGGCGGCAGAGAGACAGAUUGCUGAGCUGACCAAACGACUCAGCAGUGCUGUCACGCAGAUCGAGACAUUGAGCAGUGAGAAGGAGGACCUACUGGCCGGCAUGGAAACCAUGAGGAGCACAGUUAAGCAGCUGGAGGCCAAGAAUCAGGAGAUUCAAAGACAGUUAUCAAGUUUGGAAAGAGACCUGCUGGCUGAGAGAGCAAUAAAAGACCAAAAGAUCAAGGACCUGUCAUCUGCCAUGAAGGAGGUAGAAGAACUGACAGCUCAGCUCCAGAAACAGCAGCAGCAGUCUCAGCAGACUGCCCAGGAGCUGGAGCAGCUACGCAAAGAAGCGCAGCAGAGCUCUCUGCUGGACAUGGAGAUGGCUGACUAUGAACGUCUGGUGAAAGAGCUCAACGCCAAACUGUCAGAGAAGGAUGAAUGUGUUGAGGAGCUUAAAGCCCAGAUAAACAGCCUCAACCAGAAGGAGGAAGUUCUCAAACAGGAAAUUGAGUCUUUGAAGUCCCAGCUGGACCAGGGGGAGGAGAAACACUCUAAGAUAAAACAGCUGCUGGUGAAGACCAAGAAGGAUUUGGCUGAUGCCAAGAGACAGGAAAGCUCACUCAUGGUGCUACAGGCUUCUCUGAAAGGAGAGCUGGAGGCUAACCAACAGCAGCUAGAAAGCUCAAAGAUUGAGGUGUCUGAGCUGACAGCCGAGCGCCAUCGCCUGCAGGAGCAGCUGAAGUCUGCAUUGGAACAGCAACAGAGAACCAGCAGCUCCCUGCAGCAACGCAUCCACAUUCUGCAGCAGGAAAGAGACACUGCUAAGGAUGAACUGGAGGCAACAACCAGGGAGUUUGACAGUUACAAGGUGCGAGUCCACAAUGUGCUCAAACAGCAGAAGAGCAAGACCACCCAGAAUGAAGUAGACUCUGGCAAACUAGAGAGGGAGCAGUUGGCCACUCAGGUAGAACAGCUGAGGACACGGCUGGCGGAGAGCCAGCAGAGUCUCCAGAGCAGUGCAGCAGAACUGCAGCAGCUCCAAACUGAACAUGACACUCUUCUGGAGAGACACAAUAAAAUCCUUCAGGAAGCUGUUAGCAAGGAGGCUGAGCUCCGUGAGAGGCUUUUGACAUUGCAGUCAGAGAAUGUGACCCUGCGGUCAGACCUGUCCCAGGCCCAGGCUGAUCUGUCUUCCCAGGUCGAGACCCAGCGGCAGACCUACAGGGAGCAGCUGAGGAAGCUGCAGGAUGACCACCGGGCCACAGUGGAGACCCUGCAGGGUCAGCUGACCCGUGUUGAGGAGCAGCUCUUUAGCCUGCAGACCCAGAACAGUUCAGUGGCUGCCCAGUCCACCCGUAAGUCACUUGCAUCAGAUGCACAGCGCAGAAACGGUGAUCAGAACCAGACAGGUUUGGGACUAGUGGCCCUCAGCGACCUCCAGUCUAUGGCCAGGGAGGAGGGCGAAGGCAUGGAGACCACUGAGACUGAGAGCUCCUCCCCUGCUCUUACACCCCUACCCUCUCUGGAGCAGCUUCUCACAUCUCCAAACCCCAAGCAAGAGCCUUUUGUGUGGACAGUGGAGCCAACCAAAGAAGAGUUAAAUGAAAAGCUGAACACAGCCACCCGCAGCAUGGAGCACAUGAACAGCCUGCUGCAUGAAACUGAGGCCACUAACGCUGUUCUCAUGGAGCAGAUCACUCUGUUGAAGAGUGAAGUGCGCCGUCUGGAGCGAAACCAGGAGAGAGAGAAGAGUGUGGCCAACCUGGAGUAUCUGAAAAAUGUCCUCCUGCAGUUUAUCUUCCUGCGAUCGGGCAGCGAGAGGCAGGCUCUGCUGCCCGUCAUCCACACCAUGCUGCAGCUCAGCCCAGAGGAAAAAAGCAAACUGGCUGCCAUUGCACAAGGUGAGGAGGAUGCGUCUGGGGCUCGGGGCUCAGGCUGGACCUCCUACCUCCACAGCUGGUCUGGGAUCAGAUAAAAUUGGCCACAAGUCAAAUCAGAGAAAACACUGGGAGCACAGAAUCAGUGUCAUUACUGAGCCUUUAUUUUUAAUGUGAAAACCUGUCCUCAACAGUGAUGCUGCACUUUUAAAAAGGUGGCAACUGGGAGGUUAACUGGGGCAUUUACAGCUUUGUUGGGACGCAGUAGGUGGGACCAAGGAAUGUAUCAGAAAAAGAUGAUGGUUAAGAUGAUGAAAACCAAAACAUUCAGCAUGUAAAAUAAUUUGAAAUGACAGUGCAAUAGCUACAUGGAUCUCUUACCAAUAACUGUGACGAAUUUCUGUCUUCCUUGGGCUUAUUAUAAACGUGUUCCUAACAAUAUUUACUGGACAUGAUGGUUACACGGUGAGGCAUUUUAAAGGAUCAUUAGUAAAAUUAAUGAGUAUAAUACAUUAAGUCUAUGUUCUGUUAUAAUCACAGCAUUUUUGAAUCCAAAAGGGUGUUAACUAUUUGUGAUAGGAGAGUUAAUCAAGGGGAGAAAUGUGUGCUGGUGUAUUACUUGAAUAUAAUUUACAGAUGUUUAAUUACUUCUUAAGACAACUUUACCUGUAUUUUGUGAUGGGCUUCUGUACUGCACAGUACAUCUCAAUAACUAUACUAGUAUUUUAGCUCCUUUUUACAGAUCACACAUGAUUACAUUUCAGCUGUUCUCAAGGGCAUACCCAACCAUGUGGACUGUUGAAUGUGAUUUUUACCUUCUUCAAGUCAGCCUUUUUACAAGUCUUUGACGUAUAGGAAUUACCCUUCUUCACACAAAGUUCCCCAAUUUUACUUUUACCUUAACUGUUUCCUGGAAGGUAAAGAAGACAUUAAGAAGCCUGUAAAUCUGCAGCAUGCUGUGGAAAAUGUGUGCAUGAUUUACAGCAGUUCGUGGGCUAAUCUGUCAUGUCAUAUCAUUUCAGUUAUAUGGGAGUGCUUAUUUAAGAAUCUGAGGUUUUCCUCAACAUUAUUACUGAAUGUUAUCAUAUUAAAGGGGACCUGUUAUGCUCAUUUCCACCUCCUAUAUUUUUAUUCUUUGAGUAGCUUUUCAGAAUUUGUGGUUUGAAAUAAUCCUUAUUUAUCACAUACUGAGCCUCGGUGGAGCCCCUCAUCCAACUUGUCCGCCCUCUCCCUUUAGCUUUCUUCUGAUUGGCUGUCCUUCAUAAGCAAAAGGUUGAACCGCCCAUGAUCAUAUUAGUGAUAUCCCCCUCUCACUGAUAUCACACAAAGCCAAGAAUUAAAAAAAAAAAAGAGUGUUUGAAGCAGUUGAAGACUGGGCUUAUUUACACAUGCGCAGUCCAUGUUUAAUCUGAUCAUCCAUUGCUGUGUGUGUGUGUGUGUGUGUGUGUGUGUGUGUGUGCGUGCGUGCGUGCGUGCGCGUGUGUGUGCAUGCGAGCAUCUAACAGAAAAUAAUAGACCCCCCCCUUUAACUUAUUCAUAUAUUUUUGCCUGACUUGACUGGUUUUGCAGUUUUAUGACUAAUGCCUCACAUACCCAACUCAGGAGCAGUAACUGUUUCCAUUUCUGGCCCUGUAAUGAUUGUUUUGGUUGUGUCUGCGUUUUAAUAUUAGUUGUGACUAUAAUAUCAGAUUAUGGUUUUAAUGGUUUAUGUCUCUCUUUUUUGGGAGUAUUUUAUGUUUUGUCAGGUCUGUUGCAGCUUAAUCACUGAAACUUAAUAGAUUUGUUGCAUCUUGCAGAUUCCAUUGCAGCAAGUACAUCUGCCUUGUUAAAGUGUCCUUGAGCAAGGCUCCCUGUCAGACCAACGGGUGGUGGUGUUUUUGUUUUUCUCCCUCAUUAUAGUCUUAUGACCUCUGUAUGGAGUUAGAAGUCCUCACAUACACCCCCUCCCAAUGAAACGCAUAUUUACACGUACUUUACUCAUGGAAACAGUUUUCUGCUCAAUCUGAUUUAUUUUCUCAUUCCAGUGGCAGCUUUUGGUGAUUCACCCAGCACAAGGGAAUGUAUUUGUAUCUAUAUUUAUGCUAUGAGAGAUUACCUGAAUUACUGAAUGGCUACAACAGUGAUUAUGAGGGGUUUUUUUUUUUUCUGAUUUGUUUACAACUGUAAAACAAAAUGAAUGAACUUAACAAAUUAAAAUGAUUCCAUUCUUUGCA